AUGGCUCCUGUGACCGGUUCCAGCCUCCCGGCUGCCAACAAGCCGUUCCUGCGCAGGAACCUCACCGCGACUGCCAUCGACUCGGACUCCAGCACUGUGGUGUCUCCUGUCGACUCGCCCCGUCCUUCGCCCUCGACCACGUCGCUGUCCUCGCUGGCUUCCGAGGAUGCCGCACCCCAGAAGAAAUCUGAGCAGUAUGGCAAGCUGAUUGACACGUAUGGGAACGAGUUCGAGGUCCCCGACUUCACCAUCAAGGAGAUUCGGGACGCCAUUCCGAAGCACUGCUACGAGCGCUCCGCCAUCCGCAGCCUGGCCUACGUCGCCCGCGACAUGAUCUACCUCGCCACGACCUUCUAUAUCUGGAACAAGUUUGUGACGCCAGAGUACGUUCCGUCGCAGCCGCUGCGAGUGGUCCUCUGGGGCGUCUACACCUUCCUGCAAGGCCUCUUCGGGACUGGGCUCUGGGUUCUUGCCCACGAGUGCGGCCACGGCGCCUUCUCGCCGUCGCAGAAGCUCAACAACUUUGUCGGCUGGGUCCUGCACUCGGCCCUGCUGGUGCCCUACUUCAGCUGGCAGCUCAGCCACAGCAAGCACCACAAGGCGACCGGCCACAUGGAGCGCGACAUGGUGUUCCUCCCGCGCACCCGGGAGCAGCACGCCACCCGCAUCGGCCGCCUCGCGCACGAACUUUCGGAGCUGACCGAGGAGGCCCCCAUCGUCACCUUCCUCCAGCUGCUGGGCCAGCAGCUGUUCGGCUGGUGGAACUACCUCCUGACCAACGUGACGGGCCACGACAACCACGAGAGGCAGAGAGAGGGACGAGGCAAGGGCAAGAAGAAUGGCUUCGGCGGCGGCGUGAACCACUUCGACCCCCGCAGCCCGCUGUACGAGAACAGGGAUUCGAUGUACAUCCUGCUGAGUGACUUGGGUCUGGCCAUUGCCAUCUCGGCGCUCAUCUACCUCGGCAAGACGUUUGGCUGGUCCAACAUGUUUGUGUGGUACUUCUUGCCGUAUCUCUGGGUCAACCACUGGUUGGUCGCUAUCACGUACCUGCAGCACACGGACCCGUCGCUGCCGCACUACACGGAGGAGGAGUGGAACUUUGUGCGCGGCGCGGCGGCCACGAUCGACCGCGAGUUCGGCUUCAUCGGGCGGCACCUGCUGCACGGGAUCAUCGAGACGCACGUGCUGCACCACUACGUCAGCACGAUCCCGUUCUACCACGCGGACGAGGCCACCGAGGCCAUCAAGCCCGUCAUGGGCCGCCACUACCGCUCCGACACGCGCGACGGACCCGUCGGCUUCAUCAAGGCCCUGUGGAAGAGCGCCCGCUGGUGCCAGUGGGUCGAGCCCUCCGAGGGCGCCGAGGGCCGCGGCAAGGGCGUCCUCUUCUUCCGCAACCACAACGGCCUCGGCACAGCGCCCGCCAAGAUGCCGCCUGUUGCGUGACGACGACGACGACAACGACGGUGAAGGCUGUACAAUAAAUAUAUAAUGCGUAGUCGCGGCGGUUGUUAUUGCGUGUCUCGUCCUGUCAUAUAACUGAAGUAGAGCUGGCGGGGAGAACGGUCUGACCAAUGCCGCGUGCUUUGCACCUGGCACUACCUGUCGACUGUGGUUCUCUGUGCUCCUCCGGGGUGUAUUGUUCAUAGAUGGCGGGAUUGAGAGCUCAAAAAAGAAGGAAAAAGAAAGCUCGUCCGCGCGAGGUUCGGUUGGUUGGUUCGAGGCAGGGCAAGCAAAAUAGAGCAUUGCAGUUUCGGUUUCGUUUGAG